AAGUUGUUUCCCUGCGGAAUCAUUUAAGGGUUGCACCGUCAGAUCAGCUAGCAUUCAAAUGGCUAAUUUAGUUGUUUAAAGAUCACAUUUUAAUGCCAUAUCUUUUUAUGAUUCGUAAUUAAGAGGCGCUGUCUUCACCGCAAACUCUGCCUGACAGGACAUGGAGAACCAGCAGGAGUCCAAAGGAAGCCCAGAGCGGUCCGAGCUGGUGUCUGAGGACGGGAAGAACCUGAAGGCUGUUGUGUGUCAGCGCUGCGGCUCCAAGGUGCUCUGUCCUGGGAUGGCUGUGUUCACACACAACCAGCUGUUCCUGCCGUCCAUGCGGAAGAAGAGCGGCCUCAGCAACGCGGACGGCUCGGAGGACGGCGACACUCUGACCGCCCACUGGUUAGUGGACGACAUGUUUGGCUUUGAGAACGUGGGCUUCACAAAAGACGUGGGACGAAUCAAGUACCUCAUCUGCGCCGAUUGUGAGAUCGGACCGAUCGGGUGGCACUGUUUGGACGACAAGAAAAAAUACUACGUAGCGCUGGACAGAGUGAAUCAUGAGUGAUGUUUGGCGCAAACCUGAAGGACUUCCCAAAUGUUUCAGCCUGCUGUGUUUGCUUUUAUGGAUUUGUCUCUUUUUUUCUAUUUUUUUUUUUCCAUGAAUCGACUGAAUCAAUCCAUCAUAAACACACUUUAAGAAACGGCUGUAUCAAACCUGUUUGUAGUGAGACCUCCAUCGCUCUGACAUCCCAAUAAUCCACCCGUUCUGGGAUUUAAUUUCCUUUAACAGAAGCUGUUUCCUGGAUAAAGUCGUCAUCUGUGGACCGUCUGCUUGAAACAGAUCAGCCAUCCAAGUUUUUCUUUUUCAUUUCAUUCCAUCUGCAGACAGUUGAACUAACCCCCCUUUGAAUAAUGACACAUUUCUUUCACUGCAGUCAAAGCAGCUCAUCGUUUGGAGGAUUUCUCUACCAGCUUUAAAGUUUCUCCAGUCUUUAAAAAAACCUGCCAUUCUGAUUCUAACCGAUGCUGAAUUUGUGGGUUUUUUCUGUACGAUUUUCAUCGUGAAACACCUUCAAUCUCAUCUUAAAAUCAGUUCACUGUACAUAAGAAGUUCUCCAGUAACUGCUCUGAAAUAGAAAUGUGAAGUUUAGAGGGCAGACUGAGGCUGAACUCUCAGACCUUUACGGAGGAAGAGGGAGUCGGAUUUUUAGCAGAUUGCUGAUCUUCCAGGAUUGAGGAGAUUCCGACGGAUAUCUAAGCUCUCCUUUUUGACAAGAAGCUGUUCCAGCUCUGAUCCACAUGGUGACAACCUUUAUUUUUCCACUAAGUGAGGGCAGUGAUGGCCUAGUGGUUAGAGCAGUGCAUUUGUGAGAGGAUUGCAAGUACCUGGCUCGCUCCCCGCAGAGCAAGGGUGUAACCUUGUGAUCAAAGUUGGUGGGGGAACUCUAGGGGUGGGGGCUGAUGGACCUACAGUUACUCCACCCGAACGCUUUCAUUAGGUUUUUAUAUUUUCCAAAAUAUUCCUUGCAGCAAGAAGGUUUCGGGUUCGAUUCACCAUGGAGUUCAGCAUGGAACCCACACAUGUUCUCCCUGAACAUGUGUGGGUUCUCUCAGGGUACUCUGGCUUCCUCCUGCGGUCAAAAAACAUGACUGUUGGGUUAAUUGGCUUCUCUAAAUUCUCUAAAUGUGUGUGUGAAUGGUUGUUUGUCUCUCUGUUGCCCCGCCUCUCACCCGUAGACAGCUGGAGAGAGGCACCAGCACCCCUCGCAACCCCGCUUGGGAUAAGCGAGAUGGAAAAUGGAUGUUUUAGUUUUUGUAUUUUCCUUUUUUCAGAUUAAAUUUUAGGAAUUACAUUCUCACUAAAGAGAGGUGACCUUUCCUCCUAAGGGAGGAGCAUAAAGACGUUUCUCCUGGUCUGCCUAGACAGUUGCAACAGCACUGUGUUGGAUCAAUGUGUGCGUCAAGCACAGCAUUUUUAUUGGGUUUGAAUGAAACUCAGUUUUAAAAGAUUGUGAUAAGUAAAACUAUCUUAAAAAGAGAAAAAUAAAAAAAUAUAAAGUUAGAAACAACUCUUUGAAAACGAAAUCUAACAAAAAAAAAAAGUAGCAUAUUUUUCUUCCAAAUGUUUUCCAGCUUUGUUUAUUGUUAUUCCACUGUCACAAGCACAGAGCAACGAAAUUCACACUCUGCAUUUAACCCAUCCCCUCGGGGAGCAGUGGGCUGCCAUUGUGCGCCGCCCGGGGAGCAGUGUGGGCUUAAGGGUCUUUGCUCAGGAACCCAGAGUGGACGCUGUGGCCAUCGAACCGGGUUCUUGCAACAUUCUUAGCGCACUGCUCUAGUCACUGGACCAACACUCCUACAAAUGUUCAUUUACAAAACAAUAAUGGAAUAAAAUGCACUCCGUAUGUAACUAGCAUAUAAGCAUACUGAGAUAUAUACAUUGCUGUUUUUUUAGUAAACCCCACACAGACAUAAACACCUAUAAAUAAAAAGAAACUGUUUUACAAAGUUA